AUGAACCGCCAGGCAGAGAACCCCCGAAAUUUUGAAUCGAAAUGGAAGAAGCGUAAAUCCGAGCAACGCCGUGAGGAAGAGAGAGAAGAAAAGACAAACGCCAGUGCAGAACAGAAAGCAAUCAAGACUAAGAACACAAUACUUAUGCAGAUAAAAGAAAAUUUCAUGAUCAUGAUUCCAUAA